UUGCUGGUGCCAGUGGAGAGUUUGGACCGUUAGUUUUAACUCCAGCCUAAACCCGACGAAAAGUGGAUUCUCACACGAGUUAGUACUCCGUCGACGCAGCCCUGAAAAGACUGACUGUAAAUAGCGACCAAAAAUGGGGCAAUCUUGGAGCAAAGAAGCUGGUACUGACAACCAACCGUCGUGUUUACAAACAUCGCCUCAAUCAGCCAGUAACGUCACUACACAGACGAACAGGCCAGAAAUACCUGUAGAAGAGGGAACAACAAAUCCCGAGAAUUCCAGUGACAAUAUUAAUGUGCAAGAAGACACUGGCAGGGCUGGGCAGACAGAAGAAUUGGACAAGGCAGAAAAUGACAUUGCAGAAGCGCUCAAGUCAAUUCAUGUGAAAGAUCCUACUACAGACCAAAAAAUUAAAGAGGCAGAGUACCUAUGCCAAUUGAGUGAUGUCUAUCUGAAGAAAGGAAUACAGUCAAAAGACGGAGGAGAUUUCACCAAGGCUGCAGCACUCUGUAACGCAGCACUGGUCAGAGCAAGAGCAGAGGACAGGGAGGAUAUAGAACAAACAAACAUACAAGUCAGCCAACUAUUUCUUAAGCACGUAUUGAGGAUAGACAAAGUGGUAGACAACGGCUGCGCAGAUAAAGGCAAAUUGAUAUUGAUGGAGCAUCGAGAGUUUGUAGAGAAAGAAAUGAAACGAAUCGAACAAGAGGCAGAUCCUUAUACCCUUGAAGACGAAGACCCAACGAUUAGAGAAGUGGAGAAGAAGAGAGCGGAAGCAAUCAAAGUAUUGUUUCAGGCAAUUGUUGAACAGAGAAAAGUUUUUAUAACUGGCCUUAUAGAUGAAUGCAUAAAGGUAAUGGGCCCACCUCCCUGUAAGUACGCCAUGAUAGGUUUUGGGUUCACAAGCCACAGGAUUGGUAACUCCAUACUCUGAUCUGGAGUUUGCCAUUUUGGUAGAGGAUGAAGCCAAUCAAAAUGUAAAGUAUUUCCGCAACCUCACUCAUUAUCUGCAUCUCAAAGUGAUCAAUCUGGGAGAGACCAUUCUCCCGGCGAUGGCGAUUAAGUCACUCAAUGGCCCAAAAGACAACUGGUUCUACGACUCUGUCACACCUCGAGGGUUUGCGUUCGAUGGAGCUAUGCCACAUGCAUGUAAGACUCCACUGGGCAGGGGAAAGUCAUGCCAACUUAUUCACACACCAAACAAGAUGAUCACAGUUCUGAUUGACGACUUGUUGUCACACUUAAAGGCAGGCUACCAUCUCUCCAGCAUAUUGGGUAAUGUGUGCCUUAUCACUGGAGAACAAGCCUUGGUAGAUGAGUACAAGGCUCUAUGGACUCAACAAUUUCAGAGAACAGGAAGAAAUAUUUCUGAGUUACAAGCAUUCACUAUACUAGGUGAGGAAGCAAAUGAACUGACGUUUGAAAUUAAAGAACUAAAAGCUAGCCUGUUUGACGUUAAGAAGGAAAUCUAUCGAUUUUCUACCCUGGCGAUAUCAAUAUGGGCUCUUCUGAGUAACGUACAACCCACCACGAUCUGGGAGACUAUUCAGAAGCUGCACAAAAACGGAGUCAUCAAUAGUGAGAACGCACAUCACUUAAUGGUGAUGGUCAGUAUCUCAGCAGAGUUGAGGCUUCGGGCGUACAUUAACAACCGUGGCCAAUUGGAGACCUUGUCAGCCUUACCGUCCAUGUCAAGUGCAAAAGGAGUGUUUCGCUUGUCUAGUUCAAAGCAACUGAUGAGAUACUAUUACACAGCUAGACCAUUAAGGUCUUUUAUUUUAAUUCACGCCGAUUACAGAACACUUGUGAAGGAGCCACCUACUCUCUAUGACAAUUCGUCAAAACUACAAGCAGACGUGUACACAGAUUUGUGUGAAUACAAAAAAGCGCGGGAAUUCCGGGAAAAAGCAUUGGAAUUCGAACAAUCUAAACAUGGUGAGAGCACUGCACAUCCCGAUAUUGCUGAGGCGCUUAUGAAGCUGGCUGACGCUUGUGGGAAUCUUGCUGAAUGCAAAACGGCAGUCAGCUACUACAGUCAGUCACUACAGAUGAGACGGAGUAUCUAUGGUAAAAGUAUUGCCCAUCCUUACAUAGCCAACUCACUUAACAGCUUGGGUGAAGCCUGGAGUCACCUUGGUGAUCACUGAAAGGCGAUCAGCUAUUAUCAACAGUCGCUACAGAUGUGGCGGAGU